AGCUUCAAGGGGAACGAAAAUGAUAGAUGGUUUUUUAAUUUUAUAAUGCUGAAAGGGAAAAAUCUAAAUCGCCCAUGAAACUAGAGAACAUACCGACUUCCCAAUAUCCACCAAGCUCUUUUUCCACUUUUGAAACUUCUUUGUUCUAUUGUCUAAGUCACAUCUCUUUCUUUUUACCUACCCCUAGCUCUUAAAUUAUUUUACUAAAUUAGGAAAAAGGAGGGAAAAGAGAAGAAAGAGAAGAAUAAGGGUCCAGCAAUAGAUCGUCAUUCCCUACGCGUUUCGGUUAUAAAUUUAACCCUUAAGACGCGUUCUAAGGGUCUGACAAUUAGUCGCAACCCGAUUACGCACGCUUGGACUUCCACAUAAGCGCAUACUUAACUUCCCUCCCCGAUGCUACCAAUCGACCGAAAUCAAACAUGACGGCCAAUUCGAACCGGUUCUCUACGUAUACGAGUGCCUCAGUAGGUACCAGCUCGGAGGGAAAGAAGGAUGAUCAGAAAAAGGACAUGUGGAGCUCUAUGCUCGACUCUGUCGCCAGCGGCAAGAGGUUACCUGAGAAGAAUUUGCUAGUCCUUGGGGGUUCCGUGGAAUCGCAACGAGAUUUCCUCGAAGCUUUAUCGAGUAACGACGGGCGAAAGAAUAUAGAUCGAAAUAAUCAUAAGGUCCCACCGAUAGCGAAUAACUUUGCUCUUGGAUACACUUAUUAUAACGUCUUAGACGCAGAUCAAGAGGAUAUCUUAGCACGAAUAUCGCUCUAUCUACUCACCAGUCCUGCGCCCUCCUUUACCUCGCUCAUUCAACCGCUUUUGACACCGCAAUCUAUCUCCAACACAUUAAUAGUAAUAUUACUCGACUGGUCGCAACCGUGGUUGUGGAUGCGACAAUUACGAGAAUGGCUCCUGUUACUACGAACCGUCAUUAUGUCCCUUAGCGUGGAAUGCAAAGAGACGAUGGAAGAAGUCAUGAUUAGCUGGAGGGAACGUGGACGAACAGGCGGAUCCGUGAACUUAGAUGGCACAGGCGCAGUGGCGGCAGAAGGAGACGUUGCGCUACCCCUUGGGCCCGGGGAGUGGGAGGAUGCUCUAGGCUUACCGCUCUGCGUCGUAUGCCAGAAUUCCGAGCGGAUAAACGAACUAGAAAAAACUCAAAGUUGGAAAGAAGAGAAGUUCGAUCUCGUGCUUCAAUAUUUACGAACAGUCUUAUUAAGGCACGGAGCUUCUCUAAUUUACACGACGCCCUCUAUACCAUCGCCCUUACAAAGUCUCAUUCACGCCAGUCUCGGAAUACAUUCAUUAUUAAAACGCGCCUCAUUAAAAGCGAACGUUAUCGACCGAGAUAAAAUUUUGGUGCCCCCGAACUGGGACUCAUGGGGCAAGAUUCGAGUCCUACGCGAUGGUUUCGACGUCGAGCAAGUUAGUGAAGGGUGGUCAAUAGAUCUUGACAAACCCUUCCCAACGUCCAAGAUAGAAGCCACAAACGACGUCAAGCACCAAAUGCUAGGAGAUACCGAAUUUACGGACGAGUCCGAAGGAUCGGCCGUGCUACUUUACGAAGAGCAAGUUCAAGAUACAAGUCUUGACGCUUUACAAUUAGCUCAAGGAAACCAGGACACAAGCAAGUUAGAGGUCACUUCAGCCGACACACAAGCCUUCCUCGCGAGUCAGUUGGAGCGACUUGAGCAAGCGAAGAAGGCCGACGAGAAAGCCGGCAAGGAUAAUACGUUUGCGCAAGGCGCCACUGAUGAUAUGAUUAGUGACCACAUCGGUCCAGUCCAGUUCAACAUGGGAGGCAUUCAAGUGGAUGCCGACGACAUGGUCCAGCGGCUGAAGGACCGACAAGCCUAUGGACAAUCUCCCGAACCGCAUCUGGACGAUGAGUCGCAACUUGAAGAGGGAGCACCACCAGUGGAUACAGAUACGCUGGCUAAGUUUUUCGGAAACUUGAUGAAUAGGAAACCUACGGCUGGGGGCAGCGUAACGAAGACGUGAUAGGAGGAGUGUUGACGAUGCUAUGGAUGCGAUAUGAAGGUCGGAUUCAUGAUCAAUUUAUACGCGCCUAGGAGGACGUGGAUGAGAACUACGAGAAGUAGGCUCAGACGAUCGAACCAAAUACUUCCAACUCACGGGUACCCAACGUUUCAUUUCGUUUGUACAACCACAACCUACGGAAAGCAUCUCCACAUCAAUGUCGGGAGUAGAGAAAGGAAGGACAAGGAAGGAAGGAAAGGGGAAGAGGGCGAGCAGCGAAAGCGAAGGAACUUGCCAGGGUUUCCCUUUAUCCGGCGAAAGAGAAGACAAAAAUUCAAAAUACUCGCAUUAGCACUUGGAGUUAUCGGCUGUUCCGUCUUGUCUGUCCACCUUUUUUCUGAGUAGGGAGAAGAAAGAGGUGACACUGAUUACAAUCACCACCUCCUGCGUCUAUGGUUCAAGACUGUAGAAUAGGUAGAUACCCCCUUUUAAAUGAUACUGUAUGAAAAGAGAAGAUAGUUGAAUAUGUGUUUAUGCUUUUG